AUGAAGAAUCCAUUUACUUUGCAUGUUAAGAAUCGGACAGUCAACUUUGAUCAUAUUAGGGAUCUCAAACUUCGAAGAAGGCGCGUUCUUGAUGAACUUGAUAGAACACAUUUCCAAUGGCUAGUAGUGUUUGUAGCUGGUGUUGGCUUCUUGGCCGAUGGAUAUGAUAUCUAUGCAGCCUCCCUCACAAUCCCCAUGCUCAACCAUGUAUACUGGAACAACCAAAUGGGUACCAACAUCGAAGCAUCGCUCAACGCUGCAGUCCUCGCCGGAACAGUCAUUGGUCAACUCGGCUUCGGAAUCUUUGCGGAUGUCUUUGGUCGCAAGUCCAUGUAUGGUCUUGAACUUCUUAUAAUCAUUGGAUCGACUGUGGGUAUAACAAUGUCUUCGCCUGGAACAGCUGGGUCAAUGGAUUUGCUGGGGUGGCUUAUAUCAUGGAGGGUACUACUCGGCGUGGGAAUAGGUGGCGAUUACCCAUUAAGUGCUGUGAUCACCUCCGAGUUUGCUCCUACGAGGAGCCGGGGGAGGAUGUUGGCGAGUGUUUUCUUCAUGCAACCCUUUGGCUACUUGCUUGCGACGGUUGUGUGUAUCAUUGCAUUGGCGGCGUAUAAGCCGCAUCUUACACAGCUCAGCACGGAUGGUAAUAUGACGUGCGUCAAUGAUGAAUGUCGUCGCGCAUUGGAUAGUGUGUGGAGAUGGGUGAUUGGCCUUGGCACUAUACCUGCUGCAUUGGCUAUCUUUCUGCGAUUCAGUAUUCCGGAGAGUCCAAGAUAUACGAUUGAGGUGCUGAAUCGACCGGAUGAAGCCUUGGAGGAUGUUAACGAUAUGGAUCUGCCUACUGUGUCGUCUCCAACACCUCAUGAGGGUGGUGUCGAUGCGAAUGUGCAUGAUAUGGAGAUGAAUCAUGAUCAGCAUGUUCCUGACUUUGAUGAGCAUGUCAUGCAUGAAGAUGAUGAUCCUCUGGACGGUGAGCAUGCUGCUGAGCAAAGGAGCUGGAUAUCAAGUCCCGGAUCACCAACGUUUCGCGACGCAUCCUCGACCACCGCGGUCGAUGAGACAGUAAGCCAUCAUGUUAGCUCGGCCCAAUAUCUCUCAGCCACCGAAAUGCACAGUCCUACUUUUACCAGCAAUGGUGAGGUAUCCUUCACACGAGCACCAAUAGCAAAUAACGACCGACCACCUUCAUCCGCCUUGAGCCCGACAAUGCUCAGCCGUCAAUCGUCUCACGAAAGCGGCAGCUCAUCAUCCGAAAGUGACGGAGCCGAUGUUGAAAGCCGAAACGUCUGGGCCAUUUAUCGCUCCGGCUUGAACCAAUACCUCUGGGAAAAGGGCCAUUGGGUUGUGCUUCUAGGCACGUCGAUGACAUGGUUCUGUUUCGAUUUUGCAUUCUACGUUAUGGGACCCAAUUCAUAUCAAGUCGUCAGCAAAGUCUUCAACACUUCCUCUCGCGAUGGGCAAGACGUUUACACUAACCUCAUGACGGAAUCGUGGCAUUCGCUCGUGAUUGUUUCACUUGGAGCAAUACUAGGAGGCAUAUGCAUGAUUUACCUAGUUGGACGCAUCUCGCCCCGCAAACUCCAGCUCGCCGGGUUUCUAAUCGUGUUCGUUCUUUUCAUCGUCGUCGGUCUAGUAUUUCGGUUCCUCUCCGCGCCGUCUCGAACGCCGCUCGUCGUGUUUCUAUACGUCAUUUCCAUGAUCUUUUUCCAAAUCGGACCAAACUUCACAACGUAUAUCAUCCCCUCAGAGUUGUUUCCAACUCAACUACGUUGCACGGCAGUAGGCAUAUCUGCCGCUGCGGGCAAAACGGCCGCUGUGAUUGUGCAGAUAUUUGCUUCAUUAUCUCGCCUGGGACCUCAUGGAGAUUCAAAUGAGUUUGGAUACGGGAUUAUUGUGUUUAGUGCUUUUAUGUUAAUUGGUGCUGCACUUACGAAGUGGUUGACACCCGAGACGAGAGCGGAUGGUAUGAAGCCUGUGCCGUUGGAGAAGUUGGAGUAUGCUGGUCCAAAGUGGCCAGUCAAGUCCCGCAAAUCAAGGAAUAAAGAGGAAGUUUGUAUGGAAGUUACCAAUGCGGAGAAUCAUAAUGGUGCAUCAGGUUUUGUUCAUUGA